AUGAAUCUCCCACAGAAAAGAAAAAAUCCAGAGCCUAAACCAAAACCAGGUGGUGGUCUAGCCGAAUCAGAUGGCAUGGUACUGGAUGCGAUCAAAAGCAAAAAAGAAAUGGCAAUCUUGAAAAAGGACUUAAAGGAAGAAACAAAACUCCCAGACUCCAUUUUCAACAAGUGUCUCAAGAAUCUCCAAGCUUUGGGUCUAAUAAAUGAAGUUCCCCAUGUCCAAUUCAAGACCAAAAAAUACUAUAUUGCAGCAGAGUUUAAGCCAUCAGAAGAGAUCACAGGUGGUUCAUGGUAUGAAAAUCGGGAACUUGAUCAGGACUUCAUUAAUGGUCUUAAAGACUUUUGCCUAAGGAUCAUUCGUAAGCUAAAGGUUGCAACUGCUGAUGUAGUAAUGGAUAUAAUCAAGAACAAAGGGGUGUUAAAAACUGAUUGCACGAGUCAGCAAAUAAGUGAGAUAUUGAGGUAUAUGGUUUUGGAUAAUAAGAUUAUAGAGGUGAAGAGUACUGGAUUGGGUGAAUAUCAUUCCAUUCCUAUUGGGAAUUUAUGUUAUAGGUGUUCAUCAGAUGAUUCGUCAAAGAGUUUAGAAACAGGGGCAAUGAUGUCAAUUCCUUGCGGUGUUUGUCCAAAAAUUAGAGAGUGUACGCCUGGUGGACUUAUCUCUCCAACUACAUGUGUCUACUAUGCCAAGUGGUUGGAUUUCUGA